AAAAGAGGCGCGGCAGGUUGAGUCGAUGUGUCUGGUUGCUCCAGGACAAUUCCCCUGUCCACACGGCUUCUGUUGCCAAGGCUGCACUGAAGGAGUGCGGCUUCGAAGAAAUCCACCACCCACCCUACAGUCCAGACUUGGCACCGAGUGACUACUUCCUGUUCUCAAACUUGAAGAGGGAUCUCAGAGGACGGAGAUUUCAAAACGAUAGUGAGGUGCAAGAGGCAGUUUUCCAGCAUUUUACGGACAAAACUUCGGACUAUUUUUUCAAGGGUAUAAGAAUGCUGGUUGAAAGGUGUCAAAAGUGCGUCGAAGUUAAGAGUGACUAUGUGGAAAAGUGUCGUCUCUAUGACUAUUAAAAGUUGGUCGGGCCGGAAACAUAUGGAACCACACUCGUAACUCAAUAGUAGGCUGUCAUGGAGUUAUGAGGACUGGGACGAGAUCUGGAGAACAUACGUCAUAUAAAUUCCGGAACCAUGACAUCGAGUAAUAGUCAUCUGCCUCAGCGUGCAGCUGACGCCACUAAUAUCGGAAUAAACACGGGGAAAGACGAACGUCCGACAACAUACGUUGUCCCAGCAACGAGUGCUAUGACAGCAGGAAAGCAAAAUGAUAAAACCUUCCUGGAGGACAUAGAGAAACAGCUGAUACGUGGAGACGUUCCCUUUCGAACAGACGAUAGGCUGGACCAUUCAGUCCCAAAAGCGAAACCAAGGCAGACCGACAUUAUGUCACAAUCGGUGGUCAUUCCUGGGCCGAAUAUAGCGGAAGGUCAUUCACUUCACGAACACUCUGCUAGUUUAAAGCCGGAUGUUUCAAAAGAGUUGCCACUGGAAGUGCCCCAAGCCCUAGCAACAUUUUCCCUAUCUGGUACAACAGUUGAUAUUGGCGAUCUGUCACGUUCCACGAGAAACCAAUCCAAAAGGGAAGUCCAGGAACCGUUGAACGCGAGCAAGCCACAUGCUGAAGACAUCCUUUCGACGUUUGACCAAUCGCAACUGUACAAGGAUGUUCCGCAAGCGGCCAAAGUGGCACUGAUCGGAACUGGCUCAGACUCAGGUCAGCCACUCAUUUCUCGCACCGGGCCGGGUGGCUUAACCUCUGAUGUACCGAAAGUGAAGGAAUCUGGGUUCGUUGCGGACAAAGACAUGAGAAAAAAAACACAGCAGGUGAACCCAUCACCGAAAGUACCUGUAGAAGAAGUGAUAACUGCUUCAGAAAUGGCCUUGACAUACAAAGAUUCAGAAACUGAAAGCGCAGUGACGCCACUAAUCGAGUAUGGCAGCUCGACCUGUGAGACAUCACAACAGCGCGAUCGGACAAAGGCGGAGCCGUUGCAAGACAUGAGACGCCCAAUGCCUGACAAUGCCCUCAUGGAAACGAGCAAAUGCACCAGCCUUGAGACGGCUGCUGUCCUAGGUACACAUUCUAGGGUAAGCCCCAUGCAUACUCAGGCAGAGAAAGAAAAGCAUCAGUCGACAGACAACACAUCAGCAAAGGCACCUCCAACGUCUCUUGCCCUGAAAACAGACAUCAGGCAGCAACACUUUGCACCGACAAAAGACGACAAGGAGAAAUGCGAAUACAGUGCCUUACAGGCACGUCAGUCAAUGAGACCAGUGCCGAAGCACGAAAAUCCUGUCAAGGUUGAUAAUUUGAAGCAAUUCGAAGGGAAACCCAAAACCACUCAGGCGGUCCGCACUCAAGAAAAGCCCGUGGAACAUACACCAAGGACUCUGUCGACGCAUCCCGCUCGUUCAAGCAGCGCUUCAACGAACAAAGCGAAGGCCUUAAAAGGCAAGGACGUAAACGAAUCACUGGAUACAACCGAAAGGCAGGCCUCACAAUCUCAGGCUCACUUGCAGGCCAAGGAGAGCCUGUUACCAGUGAGUCGUAUUGAAGGAAACACCCACAGAAAAUACAUCCCUGGAAAACCGAAUACUGUUGGGAAAGAAGCAUCGCGACAGACGCAGUUAGUACGAGAAGUUGAAGAGAGAUUCAGUACAAGUUCGAAGAGGCAACUCCAAGCGGACAAUUCUAAAAAUGCUUUGAGGAGUCCAUCUUUAAACAAGGUGGCUGCCUCCCUUCACACAACGCUGAACCAAAACGUAAGCAAUGGUGUAGCAAGACGGCCAUCUCCAAGACCAGGUGCACAAAACGUGGAAAUGAAUUCUACAUCCGAAACAACAAAGCACGUCUCCAGAAUGGCACCUCGGAGAUCAACAUCAGCUACUAUGGCACAGAGACCAGGUUCGAGAUCCCUUUCACCGUCCAAAACAGUCCGUUCCAGGCCUUCCUCAGCCACGGUUUCGACUUCUCUGAGUACGGUGUCUAACAGGGGUCGUGGCAAAUUGGCAAGACACGCAGACGAACGAACACAGAGCAUCUCGAAGCAUUCGUGCACUGUCACGCUAACUCAGACUCGAGUUUCGAGAGAGGUAUCGAAAAAUACAGCACACAAAGCAGCCGAGUCCAAAAAUACUAGGCCUGGCUCUAGAGUAACUACGACGGCUUCGCAUGUCAGGAAUAUUCCGAUGGACAUCUUCGAAGAACGUGCAUCGAGUAAAGGGUGGGUGAGCUGCGUUAACGCUAGCAAUAGUGUCCUCAACCAGAAGAUUCCUCUUUCACCUUCGAAAGGUGUCUUUCACGAGCAAGGUGACUUGAAAACCAAGGUGAUUUCUCAGCGGAAGAAGACGGAGAAGUAGUUUUGCACGUCAUUCGAGCAAUCAGUAGGUGAAGACAAGAAGAGCUGCGACAUUACGACCCCGAAGAAGUUGGGUCGUCGAUUUCCACCGACUGGUUUCACUUCUCUGAAUUGUCACCCUCAUAUUAUAUCACCGGUGCACAUAUAUUAAAUGUACAUAUGCACCGGUACUCAUGUCGUUACACACAUAUGUGCUUGUUGUAUGCCCGCUGCCCUGUGACGUCAUACGGCAGUUGCGUCAGUACGCGUCACUCGGUGCAGGAGCACUUUGCGCCCUCCCCCCUCAAUUAAUGGAUCCUUUUCCAUACCAUGUGAUACACAUAAAUAACAUUGUUAUGCCACGCACAAAAAAAAAAGAAAAAAGAAAGAAAGAAAAAGAAGAACGUGCUUGGCAGAAAGCUCCUCACAUUGUUUUGCGGCGUCAUCGAGCCGUAGAGAAAGAGAGGAAGAGGAGGUACUGGUGGGCGGCGCGUCACUCCCUUCCUUCGCGUCACCCGGUGGCAGCCAGUGCGGAUCGCACCACUCGCACCCCCUAGUGACGUCACUGCUACACGGCUGUCUAAAAUUUAGCGUAAUCAUGGAUUUGACUGACUAAUAAGCGAACUGUGGCUGCGACAGCUACAGUGAUUUGCAACUAUUCUCUGAUUGGUCGACGUCACAGUAUUAUUCUUAAAAAUCAGGAAUCCAUGGAGUCGCGUGCCGCUGCUGGUGGUUGCUAGUAAUACGCUUGUAGACCCGUACUUCAGCGUUACAAGAUCCAACACAUUCGAUACGAGUUCAGUCUGACGAAUUGUGUAGCGACGUAAUGAAUCGUAUUCGCAAACGAGGCACGUCAUGUAUGCAUAGAUAUUGACGGUUACAACCCGUUUCGUAACCAAUUGCAUCAGGCGAAACGGGAUUGCCAGCAAGUGGGCGUUAUUGGUUUAUAGCACCGUAAGAGAUUCACAUUUUUAUAUGUCAAAUACCUUACCUGUACCAAAACAAACUCCCACUAUGUCUCGAACUGUAAAUUUGUAUUGCGUAACUAAUAAAAAAAAGUGUAUGUAAAAAGUAUGCCGAAUAAAACGUUUUUCGGUGAUGAA